GAAGAAAAGGCGAACAUGUGGAGACCGAAAAUCAAAAGAGAAAUUAUCCCAAAAACAAUUACGAGUUACGAACUUACGACAUCCCUCUCCCACUGGUUUCUACUUCUCGCUCCCUAGUCUUCACCAUCAGCUAGUGCCCACCGCCACCGCCGCCUUCCUGGAGAAUUCUUCUCUUUGGUUGAAGACAUGGUGGGUUGGCAGAAGCAUGUACAGUCCCUAAUCCGUCAAGUUGGGAAAAGAGUGGAGAAUUAUAGUACUUCUUCCUUUUCUCCUUGUCAUUUUCUGAAACUCCAGACACCGCCUUCUCAAACCAUGUCAAGGCCCCUUUAUCACUACUUUCAACAGUUGGGAAUUUCCACUUCAAGGAACUUGCUUGCAGAUUUGUCUGCUGGAGUUACUCCUCUACCAGCAUCAGAUGGUGAAAAAGGUGAAGAACAGGGCCGGAAAUCACCCUCUGGACCUUCACAAGUUCAAUUUGUCUUAAAGGGAAUUAAUCAGAGCCCUAAUAAGGUCAACUUGGUUGCCAAACUGGUUCGUGGUAUGCGUGUUGAAGAUGCAUUAUUGCAACUGCAAGUGACAGACAAGCAAGCUGCAAAAACUGUGCAUCAGGCUCUUCACUCAGCCCGGGCAGAUGCAACUUAUAAUCAUGGGUUGGAUCCAGAACGUCUUCUCGUUGCUGGGGCCUUGGUUGGAAAGGGAUUCGUGGGAUUCCGCAAGAACAGACUUUACUACCAUGGUAAAAGCAAUGAUGGAACUAAAGUGAGACCAAAUUACCAACUAACGGUGAUGCUAAGGGAGAUAGCUCCCGAAGAGGAGGAGGAGAUAGCUAAACAGAGGGUUAACAAUUUUCUCUAUCUCAAGAAACGCCUCAGGCUCACGAAGCAGGAAAAUAAAUUUGUUUCUCACUACAUUACCAGCGAUCACAAAGGCAAAGCCAGUACCAGUCGACCAAGUGGUCUGGCUUCAUGA